UGUUACUGAAUGGUAAAUACAUUCACAGAUGUUCAGAGAUAGCGGCAGCUGUGACAGCUGGUGAGCCCAAGGACAAAGGCUGCUGCCACUGACACAGGCCCUUUGAAUGCAGAGUGCUACAGCCCAUUGUAACGGCCAGGGAGCUGGAAAUCUGUACCCGCUGCUCUCUCUUGUACUGGUAACUUCUCAGAAUUACCCCGAAAAGUUCACCAAAAUAGGCCCAGAUGAGGGAGGGUCCCAGAACUAAAACUGUUACUCGUAGUUCUACAUCCCUUCAAUCACAGUACCUAACACGAGUCAAAUAUUACUCGUUCAAGCCUCUCAUCUUUGUUUUAUAAACGGUUUACGGCUGACAUCCCACUCUCACGGUAGUGCUCCGUUCUUACUCAUAUCUCACACCACCACCAUCUUCACUGCUGUCUCACUCCAUUACUCGCCACUACACACACUAAUCGGCUACCGCGAUUCCUGCUCUAUUUCUGAUCUUCAUCCAGGCCAUUAGCCAUCAAAUUUAUUUCCUUCAGCUUCUCCUUUUCCCAAAUUACUUACUUGAAUUGCACGUUUGCCCUUAGUAUCACCACGCAAACUCGUUAGAUAAAUGACCUACUUUAUAUCUCCAUCCAGAGUGUGAUAAUCGUGAGGCGAGACAUAAAAAAAGACCAAUAAAAGCAAAAAAACAUUUUUAAAAAAUCGCUUAAAAUGUAAUAUUUUACAUCUUUCCCUAUUGGUUCUUUUAUUCCCUAUGGAUUCAAACCAACUUUAUUUGAUACUGACUCCCCGUGCUGCUAUGGAGUACUGUAUAGUUAAUGACUUUUAUUGGUCUUUACAGUUUUACUUCAUCUCCUUUCCACCUCAUCCCUCCAAGCUUCGCGAUUUCCUAACUUUUCUUACGGGGGGGGGGGGGAAGGUAAACUAAAACGGUUUUCCUCCAACUCCUUUCAACAAAUAAAUAGUAACUCUUGACCGCAUGUUUAGAGCAUCGCUUCCAUCUCCUACAGCCUCACACGCAUUUGUGAGGGUGGGGAUUGUCACCGGGCCAUUCUUCCUGGGGUGGAACAAAGCUGGGUGGCGUUGCUGGGCUGUCUCCAUGGAAACGGUAGCAUACAACAGUACACGCGAGGCGGAGCUGCACUCACUUCCAGUGGGGUUCGCCGGCUCAAUUUAUCCGCGUCGUCUUGUCUGGAAGAAACUUUGACUAGAAGCAACCUUUGUCAACGUUUGAUACUACAAAAGUAAGGGGGAGUUUUAUUGCAUUUAUCUCCCUUACACAGACGACAGGUGUAUAUAUAAGGAGCAGAGUGAGUCUGCAUUUAGUGGUGUCUGGUUGCCGUGGGGACCUGUCUGCUCUGAGUAAUGGUGUUUGCCGCCGUGGCAUAGGUCCACAGGCACUUUACGCAAAUUGGAGGCUUCCUGCAAAUUAAGGGGCAGUUUCCGAGGAGAAACACAGAUAGAGGAGAAGCAAUGACAAGAUAUCUAAAACAGUCAACGAUUUCAGUGCUUAUUAUAAACCAUUCCUGUUUGAAUUCCACCACAUCCAAGUUUCUCAGAACAAGUUUACAACUGCAGGAAUGUCAAAGGAUUUAAGUUCUGUCACCAUCUUAAAAACAGACACUCCUCGUACCCGUGAUCUGAAGACUCUUCGAGCAAAGCGUUUGGCUUACUUUGUGGACCGUAACCAUAACUGCACAAAUUUAUCCAGAGAUGUUGGCAGUUUGGGACCUAAUGACAAACAAGUUAACAUUGAUCAUAGAGUUGCGCUUAAUGCUGAGCAAAAUGUUCCUUUGGUAGAAAAAGAAUGUCAUAUCAAUGAAUUAAUUCAACAUACAAGAACUGAAGAUACAAGGCAGAUGCACUCUAGAGAUCUAGACACAUUGUUGAACAUUUCUGAGAGUGAUGGGAAAGAUGCUUGCACGCCAAGGCCAGAUUAUAAUUUCCUGGAGAAUCCCUCUGUAUCAGAAAUUCAGAAGCUCAGGCAUAUCGUGUGCUGGGCUCAAGAAAUCCUAAAAAAGGAUAAGAACGAUUCACAUACCCAAGACCAUCAAAGCACUAUGAACAUAAAUGAGAGAGAAUUAGCUGAGAGUCACUUGAAUCCUGCUCCACAAACAACUACUUUUAAUUGCUCCUCACAUACAAAUACAUUUGUCCACAAUGCUGCUGUAAGUAGUGCAUUUGAUGAAGCAAAAUGCUCAGCAGGUAUUUCAACUGAAAGCUUCAACUCGUUUGACUUAAAAAGGCCACAUAGAAAUUUGGUUCCAAUUUCUUCCUUUAUGACUGUCCAGAAUGAUGUGCAAGAACAACGUACAUCAACAAAUAUUGGCCUUUCAAGCAAUUGUCACUUUGAUUCCAGUAAUACUUUUGAAAGAAAAAAUACCGAGCAAGUACACACAUAUAAUGCUUCAAAUAACAAAUGGAAAUUUAAAGAUUCAGGGGAAAGUAAAGAGCUGAUGACUGAGUUACCAAAUGAAACUUGUCAUUCUAUGACUAGUAAUGUGAGUGCACUCAACAAGGGUAAUUAUUUUUGGAUUCCCCUUGAAGCUGGUUCAGAUGAUGAAUACAUCACUGAAAACAGACAAGUGAAUGGGGUAUUCAUGGAACCUUUUAUAAAAAGCAAUAUCACUCCACUUUUGUGUAGCAGUAACAAUAAUUAUUAUAACAAUAAUGGUGAACCAACCUUAUCAGCCAGAACAGUAACACUUAGAAAAUGCCCAGAAACAUAUAACAAUUCAGGUGAAAUAUUGGAAAACCCUGUCAAUCUGCAUUAUAUGACAAAACACCACAUUAGCAGUAACAAUCAAAAUAAUAAUGGAGAACCUACUUUAUCUGCCAGAGCAGUAAUGCUUAAACAAUCUCCUGUAGCAUAUUGUGACAGUUCAGGAGAUAUAUUCGCAACUCCUGUUAAUAAGCAUAAUGUUGCACUAUAUUGCAAAUCAACGUUUUGUGAUGAAGGAAAACGUAAUUAUGCAUGGGAAACCAAAAAAGCUGAGGAAUACUUUUCAGGAGGUGACUAUGAAAUUUCACUGGGACACUCAAAACUUGCUGAUGUACCUGGACUUUCAGCAAACCUGGACGAUGCUGGUUUUAAUUUCAAAUCACCGUUUGCCCCCAAAUGUAUAAUUGAAAGUUCAAAUGAAAAGAUAACAAGGAACAAACAAGAUAAAGGAAGUAAAGUAGAGAAAGCUUCCCAGGGAAGUGCAAAUAGUGAUCAGUUCCCUGAAAAGUUCAGAAACUUGUGCAUUACAGAUGCAAAUAAAACAUUACUUUCACAUUCAUCAGGAUCUCUAAAAUAUUGUAGUGACAUAAUAAUGGACAGCAGAUGGUGUGAAAAUUUGCCAGAUCUGGCAAUAUUAAAUAAAAAGGCCAACUCUAAUAAUGAUGAAAAUGAAGUAAGGUAUCAAACAACCAAGUAUAAGGCACAAAAUACUUUGAAAUUGUCUCCAUUACCAAUGUUAUCAUCAUAUGAUUUCAAUGAUUCAGAAACAUCCAGUAUACAGUUUGAAAAGGAGGAGCCUUUAGAAAGUGUUAGAAGCCAAAUAGCAGAUGAAAAUAGAAGCUCUUUCCUCCAUGCAAAUAAUCUGGUCAAAUGUUGUCCUGAGUGCAGAAGUGACAACAGCUCCACUGUUAACUGGUGUACAGAAUGUGGAUGUGUUCUGAUUGGGAUAACACCACAACAUUGUAAUGCUACCAGUAAUAUUGAUGGAAGAGCAUAUUCAAAUUCCAGAGGUAGUUCCAAUAAAGAGAAAAUAGUAGUAGUUGGAUUAAAAGAAAAGUCAGAAAUUGAAGAGUAUAAGUUAGAUGAUGUGAACAAUUUGGAAAACAGCACUUGUUUCUCUUUGGAAAUAUGUGAGUCUCAGCUAAGUGUAUAUCAAAAAUAUCUUCUGUACAUGGAACAUCUGGAAAAAAUACGAGGCCAACAUCAGACCAGAGAACAGCAACCAACUGAUGUUCUGUUAGUGAAGGAAAACACAAAUCUGACAGAAACAGUAGAUGAAAACAACAGCUCUUGUGGAAAACAUGAACCGGAAAAUAGUAACACUACUUCAUUCAUACUGCCGACACAUUUCCGUGAGCAAACAGAUAGUACAUACAUUGUUUAUGAGCAGGAUUCUGAAGACAACCCAAUUCCCAACCCAGACAUAGCAACUGUACCUUUGGCAGAAAAUAUACCAGGAGUUUCAACACUGCAUUGUACUUUUCAAGAGAAAAGUUACUUAGAGCAAGACAGCAAUAUUGAAACAUCAAAGAAUAUAUUGCACAAUGCUAAUUUGAAACAAAACUUUGGAAAUCAGAAUUUUUCUUCCUUGGAGUAUGAGAACAAUAAAGAAACUUUGAAAGAUGCAGAAAAAAAGCCCAGGAAGAAAAGAAAAAUCCAAUCAAACAUUAAUCAAUACCAACGAUGUUGGGAAAAGUCGAGUAUUGCAUGGUCAUCUUAUACCCAAGGAGCAAUAAAGGCAAGGUCAACAAAUGUAAGUCACCCGCGAUCGGCUGACUGUCCGAGAACAAAAGGAAAACCACUCUUACCUGAUGAUCGUUCAACCGUGCCUAUGGCAAUGAGCAAGGGGUCAUUGAACCAGCCAUUCAAAAGGCCUUUAAGUGCUAAUAUUCUGGAUAAUAAACGAGGACGACAAGAGAGACAAAGAUCAAAAACAUUGCUUCAAAAUGCAGCAGUGACUUCAGGACCAACAAUGAAACCAAGGGAAUUAACUAAAUAUUUGAAGAGCGAUGCUUCACAUUCCUAUGAUAAACUGAUUUGUCCACGAGAUGGUAACGCUUUACGAUGGCUUUAUCUGCCUGAUGAAAUCUGGAUUAGAAUUUUUACUCUGUUAUCACACCAGGACCUCUUCCAGGUUGUCCAGGUCUGUUACCGCUUCUACCACCUGGCAAAUGAUGAAACCCUAUGGAAGAAUAUUAAAGUUGAAAAUUGUAAUUGUUUGAAUGAUGAAUGCUUUAAGAACAUUGGACACCAUAAGCCACAAAGCCUCAGCCUUCUUCGAUGUGAUGAUCGGACAGGAUCCAUAACUGACUCCGGAUUAAGACUACUAUUCAAAUAUUCCAAGGAUUCACUUAAGGAACUGUAUGUUUCAUGCUGCACUGGACCUAAGCUGACAGGGGAUUCAAUUCUACUCCAUGCCAGUGCUAUUUGCCACAAGCUAGCCUCUGUGAAUGUCAGUUGGACAGCAGCUACUGAUGAAGGGAUUAUAGCACUCACUCAGGCAUCUUCAUGUCUUUACAGGCUCCUUGCCAAUGGAUGCCAUCUUACAGAUGAAAGUAUCAAUAUUUUGGUUACAAAGCAUGGAAAAAGUCUGAAAGAGCUGGAACUAUUUGGAUGUCAUGCGCUAAGCUCACAGUGCUUGACUCACGUGGCACAGGAGUGCUUAAACCUGCAGAUUCUCAACAUCGGCCGAAUCCCAAAGCUUACGACAGCUUGUUUGACAUGGAUAGUAACCAAUCUGAAAGAUCUAAGCACUCUGAAUUUAUCUGGAUUGAAUGCGGUUCAUGACUCUGUUGUGCAUCACAUUGCCAGACAUUGCCCAAAAAUGGACCGCCUCAUUCUCAGCUCCUGCCCUCAGAUGACAGAUGUCAGUCUUUUUGAAAUCGGCACUUACUUGUCUACUAUAAGGUACCUUGAUAUCUGUGGCUGUAAGAAAGUGACAGAUACUGGAGUCCAGGCAUUAGCAAUGAGCUGCCACAAGUUGCAAUAUCUUGACCUCAGCUCCACAGCAGUUGGCAAAUAUGGAAUUUGUUUACUAGCCACUUAUUGCAACCAGAACUUGGAAUGUGUGAAACUCAGCUUCUGCAAAGAAAUAACUGAAGACGCUAUUAAAAAAUUGUGUAAGAACAGCAAACGACUAAAGUUGCUUCAUCUAUAUGGGUGCCAAUCUGUCAUUAAUCUGAAGGCAAUUCAAGAUGUUAACAAGCAAGUGAAGUUGCACCAUGACCAAGUGUCAAAAAAUAGAAUGGAAAAAACACAAUGAUGCUUUCAUUGAUUGACACAGACAGACAUACUUUAUUGAUCCAGAGGGAAAUUGGGUUUCGUUACAGCAACACCAACCAAGAAUAGUGAAGAAAUAUAGCAAUAUAAAACCAUAAAUAAUUAAAUAAUAAUAAGUUAAUCAUGCCAAGUGGAAAUAAGUCCAGGACUAGCCUAUUGACUCAGGGUGUCUGACACUCCGAGGGAGGAGUUGUAAGGUUUGAUGGCCACAGGUAGGAAUGACUUCCUAUGACACUCAGUGUUGCAUCUCGGUGGAAUGAGUCUCUGGCUGAAUGUACUCCUGUGCCUAACCAGUACAUUUCGGAGUGGAUGGGAGUUAUAGUCCAAGGUGGCAUGCAACUUGGACAGCAUCCUCCUUUCAGACCACCAUCAGAGAGUCCAGUUCCACCCCCACAACAUCACUGGCCUUACAAAUGAGUUUGUUGAUUCUGUUGGUGUCUGCUACCCUCAGCCUGCUGGCCCAGCACACAACAGCAAACAUAAUAGCACUGGCCACCACAGCCUCAUAGAACAUCCUCAGCGUUGUCAGGCAGAUGUUAAAAGAGCUCAGUCUCCUGAGGAAAUAGAGAUGGCUCUGACUCUUUUUGUAGACAGCCUCAGUGUUCUUUGACCAGUUUAUUGUCCAUUUGUAUCCCCAGGUAUUUGUAAUCCUCCACUAUGUCCACACUGACCCCUUGGAUGGAAACAAGGGUCACCGGUGCCUUAGCCCUCCUCAGGUCCACCACCAGCUCCUUAGUCUUUUCACACUAAGCUGCAGAUGAUUCUGCUCGCACCAUGUGACAAAGUUUCCCACCGUAGCCCUGUACUUAGCCUCAUCUCCCUUGCUGAUGCAUCCAACUAUGGCAGAGUCAUCAGAAAACUUCUGAAGAUGGCAAGACUCUUUGUUGUAGUUGAAGUCCAAGGUGUAGAUGGUGAAGAGAAGGUGAAGAUGGUGCAGCGAUGAACUUGCUGACAUUUGUGCAUAUUCAUCUUGAAAGAGCAGCAGAAGUUUAGGCUAUUCAACCAAGUCUUACAAGAAGUUCUUUAAGUUUAUGAUGAUACAAUUUAUUAUAAUUUCAUUUUCCACAAGGUCCAAUGUCCAUGGAAGGCUAUUCAAAGAUAACAAAAAUAAUUUUAUUCUGAGCAGCAAGCAAAUUGCCAUUUGUAAUACUUGCAAUUGUUCCUAAAAUUUACAGAGGUUUAAAGUGCUUACUUUAAUACCAAAAUGAUGUAAUGCUCUUUACGGAACUACAAGAAUCCCUAUGAACUCUGUAUUGAAUUGAAAAUACACAUGGACUAAGAUGUUAACUGUCCUGUGCUAUCACCAGUGGGGUCAUCAGUUGAUCUGCCACCUGUCUUCAGGAGUUUUGGCCCGCUUAUGAUCAAGACUCCCUCGAGGGGGUGGGUCAGCAGUGCUAAAGCACCACCUCCCACUGAUGAGCUUAACAACCUGGUAUCUGCCUCUAUCAGAGUUGUUGGUUGCUUCCAUCCAACAUCUAUAUUAUAGACUGACUAAAGAUCAGGACUUAAUCCUAAACAAGAAAUAUUGUUCAAAAUAGUAAAUUCAGAGAAGUAGCUAAGGCAAAAUUAAAGAACAAAGUGAUAGGAGAUAAAAAGAGAACAUCAGAAGGACAUAAUGAAAAACAGCUUUUUUAAAGUGCAAUGUUUAAAUUUCCAGGAUUACAUAUAUUUGGAAUGAGACUCUAUUAUAAAUCUUAAUUGUUUUAGUGGCAGAAAGGUUGUGAGCUGAAAUUAUGGUUUACUAACUGUAAAAAAAAAUCAAUGGAAUGGUCAUGCCCACAGUUUUUGUUAAUAAGAUUUGUUCCUGCCUUUGAAGUAAAUGCGAUAAUUGCUUGUCUUUUAGGAUUUUUGAAUAGUGAGCUAGUUCCUAGAUUACCAUUGUACCACAGUCUUUGAAGAGGCAGGCAGUCACUUGCGCAUUGAAAGUUGUGGUGUUAAAUGGGUUGAUGAUCGUCUGAUCACAAACAAGAGAAAAUCUGCAGAUGCUGGAAAUGCAAGGUCAUCUGAGAUCCUUUUCUGUGAUGUUUACAUUUAACUGGGCCUCUAUGCAGUUCUCUACCCUCAAUGGAAGAUCUCUAAAUGCUAGCCAAACUUCUUCCCCUGGCUUGUAAGGUCUCACCAGCUGGGGAAGCUAAUCAGCCUGCCAGGUACAUUGCUUCUGGGUGGGCAGCUGAGAAGCUGAGUAGCUCUGGCUUGUUUCCACGUACGCUUGUAGUGGUGGUCUCCCACAUCAAUCUCCUGAUCAGGGAUGGCUGGAAUCACUUUUGGCACUCAAAGGGGGACAUGCCAGUAGAGGACGACUGGAGGUUAUUGAUGGACAUUCUUUGCCCAAACCAGUUGGGUGCUCCGGGUUGAGUGGUUGGAAGAGAGGCAAGACAGUGCAGCCUUGUCUCCAGCUCCUGAUUCACUCUCUGACUGGCAUUAGAUUGGGGGUGGUAUUCUGAUGAGAGCCUGGCUGUGGUAGCACAAGAGAACAGAAGGCCUUCCAAAAUAGGAUGUGAAUUCUGGUUCUUGAUCAGACACUGUGACCUGAGGGAAGCCAUGGGCUGAUCCAUGAUGAUUGCAAUCUCAUGAACUGACAGGAAUUUGGGAAGAGCAAUGAAGUGGGCUGCUUUAGAGAACCAGUGUACAACCACCAGAAUGGUAGUCUUCCCAUCUGACAGGGCAGGUCAGUGAUGAAAUCCGCUGAGUGGUGGUGCCAGGCAUGGCAGCGGAUAGAGCAGCCCAGCAGGGUGCUGACGUGACAUCUUGCUCAAGGCACAAGGAGCACAGGUGGAGAUGAAAUUGUGGACAGCUUGGGAUAUAGGCAGCCAGUAAUGUUGCCUCCUUAUAAACUCCAGGGUCCAUUGAACCCUGGGUAGCCAACCAGAUGUGAAGAGUAACCACCCUUCAGCGCUCUGGGGUGUACAGUGGCAGAGAAAAAUGGCCAGUUGGGUGGUUACCCACCUGGGCCAGGAUCCAACUCUUGGGUAGACUUCAGUCUAUUUCUAUUCUGCAAAUCUCCAGAGCAGCUAUGCAUGUUUGGGGGAGGGAUGGGCGUUGUCCUCGGACAUAUCAACUGGAGGAAGAGAUCACUAGCCUUGGUGUUCUUGCUUAUUGUGUGUGAGUGUGAAAUUAAACCGGGUGAAGAAGCGAGCCCAACAGGCUUGAUGGGAGUUGAAUGUCUUGGUAUAAUGAAUGUAGGAGAGGUUUUUGUGAUCUGUCCAUACCAAAAAGGGGUGCUCUGCCCUCUCCAGCCAGUUUUGCCAUGCCUCCAGGGCCUCCUUGACAGUUAGAAGUUAUUGGUUCUCAACAUCAUAGUCACAAUCUUUCACAGUCAAGUGACGGGAAAGAAAAGCACAGAGGUGUGCUGGGAGAGUACAGAUUCAAUGCCAACAUUAGAUGCAUCAACCUCAACAAUAGACAGACAAGAUGGGUUUGAAUGCUGCAGCACUGGGGCAGUUGUGAAGCAUUGCUUUACCUCUGAGAAUGCUUGGUCUGGUUUACUUGUCCAUUGGAAACCUGCAGAGGUCUUCUUGGUGAGUGCACAUAUGGGAGCCAUGAUCAAACUGAAGUUUCCAUUGAAGCAGUGAUAAGCAUCUGUAAACCCUUUGAAGCACCUCACCUAUUUGACUGUAGGUGGUUUGGGCCACUCUGUGGCUGCCAGAACUUUACAUGGGUCCAUUUGAAAAUGGUAAGGGGUGAGGAUAUAGCUCAAGAAUGCCACCUGCUUUUUAUAGAACUUACACUUCUCUGGCCUGGCAAAAAGUUGCUUUUGAGGAGCCAACUGAGACCUUGUGGAUAUGUUUCUAGCAAGAGUGGGAAUGGAUCAGAAUGUCAUCCAAAUACACAAAAACAAACUGAUUCAACUGAUUCAUGAAGUUCCUGCUGCCCUGAAAUCAAUAAAUGUCAUGGGUCUGGGACCCCCAAGACAGGAAAGCUGGGACCAUUACUCAUUCAGGGGAAGACGCUUGCAGGGGAAUUGACCCAUCGGAAUUCCCUUUCUUACUGACCAAUCUUCUGCUUUUACUGUGUGCUUGGGGCAUGAUGCCCGGAAAUGUGCUCUAGGUGCAGGUCGAUAGGAGUAUGCAGUUUAAAUGGCUUGGCACGAACUAGAUGGGCUGAAGGGUCUGUUACUGUGGUGUACUUUUCUACAACUCUGUGACUCUAAGUGUCCUGGAGAGCUACAGUAGAGGCACCAACCUGUUCUUUUACAUGAACCUUGUUCCUCCAGAGGUGGGUGCAGGCCUUUGACUUGCGUGGGCUCCUUUGUGGGCUGUGUACUAGGUUAUGAGAGAGUGGACGAAGACAGGCAGUGAUCAUAUAGGUAGCAGGUUUGGGAUAUCCUCUCUCUGCACCACUCUGCUGCCUGGUUAUCUAUUUGAAUGGCUAGAUUUAUCAGGUCAUCCAGGCUGUCCCGUUAAUCACGCACUUCAAUCUCAUGCCAGACCUCUGUGCUCAGCUCAUGCUGGAAAACAGCAAUAAGAGACCUUUUGUUCCACCCUGUCUCAACCGCAGGCAUACAGAACUUUACUGCAUAGUCUCUCACUGACCCUCUCCCUUGAUUCAGUUUCAGGAGUCUGUGGGCAGCCUUAUGACCCCUGUAGAACACUUGGAACAUGAACUAAGGUACACAGGAAGUGUUUUCGCUGUGCUUCCUUCAAGACUUGACAAGGCUGAACCGAAAGGAACCACAUGCACUCAGAAAGAAAUCCGAAUUGGCUGGAGUGCACGCAUUCUCACAUGCCAUUAUUAGCUAUUUUUCUAUUAGCUGCCCGCGCGCGAGAGUGCCCAGACUCUGCGGCAGUGUCUGCGGGUGGAAUUCCUUCCAAUAUCUGAAUGGUGCACUGCAGUGACAAGGGUAACUAAUAGCUGCAGGAAUGGAAAAAGGGAAUCCAGGGUGGAAACGAAGUUGGACGGGGAGGAAUACCAGAAGAAAGUAGGGAGGAACGAGAACAUCAGCAUUAAUGAACAGGGAGCAGCCCAGAUGUACUAGAACUGUUUGGAAAGAAAAUAACAAGAUGAUCUUGAAAUAAAUGUAGCAUGCUAACAGAUGGAGACAAAGAAUGUAAAAGCAUAAAUAGCUAGGUUGGGUAGGGGAGAAUAAGACGUCACCAAGAAACGUGAAGAAAACAUCUGCUGUGGUUGAAGUGGGAAGAGUAGAAGUAUCCCUGGAACAUUUGGUGGAAAAACUGGGACAUGAGGGAAGACUUCCAGGUUGUAUUGAUAUGGAAAAGUGGACAAGACAGAGAGCUUGCAUUUGGAAGGCUGAAAGGGAAGCUAUGUCUUUGCAAACUAGACCUGGAGAAUUUAUGGUUUCCUUUUGAAUUUGGGCAGUUGCAGGAGGUAGCAGCCAAAAUAUUCUUCUCUCGACAUGUUAAAAUGACUGUACGUGGAAGGUAUGUCCCAGUUUUCUACCCUUGGGGAUGGUGAACAGUGAAGAUCACAGAGGAAGUGUUGGGCGAUGGAUUACGGCUUACGGAACAUGAAGAUUAGUGUAUCCCUCAGGUUCUGUCAGCUGCGUAAGUCUAGGGAAGACAAUCCCUGGCCCUGCCCAACGUGCGAAAUUGAGAUGCAAAUCCUCCUGUUUGUGUGGAUGCUGCGUGAUGUGUUUCCCUGUUACAAAUUAGUACCACAAAAUAACAGACAGUACACCAUACAAAAUUAAACAAUUUAGCUUUAUAAAUCUUAAUUUGACUGAAGGGUUUGCACCCCCCGGUAAGCCUCAGGCUCGCUCAGCUCACUCUUGUCUAGGGGGAGCAGCCUUCGGCCCCGCCAAACUGGGUAAUCAGCUUGUGUGGAUGCUGUGCGAUGUCCCAGCCUCGCCAAAAAGCAGACAGUACACCAUAUGCGAUUAAAUGAUUACAGUUUAUAAAGAUUACUAUAACUAAGUGAUUAAUAAUGAUACAGUAUAUAUGAAGGAAAAGAAAAUAAAGAAAAGGCGCCAAACUUAUCAAAGUCCAAACCACUUCGUGCACAACCAUUGGAGCUCAAUUACUGAAGUCUUCUGACCACCAUUCGAUCCCCUCCGAACUCCUUGACUCGCAGCUUAGGACCAUCCGAAGUGGUCAACCAAGUACAUCUAUCCUCGUCUCCUCUCCUCGGGAUACCUCCUGGCCUUGGACCCCCGCUCGGGGUCCGUUCCUUGCCCAGUUUACAGCAUCACGUCCUCUCUCUCUCAGCCCCUCACGCCGAGCUCCCUAAAAGCCCACUAACAAUAGCUUACAGACUCAGGAGAAUAAAACAACAUUAAUCCCAAUUGGUUUACAAAGGAAUGCAAUUCUCGUUAUCAGUAAAUUUUAACCCAAACAAGCUUCCAGCACUCUCUCGCAACAAAGAAGCAUUCCUACUUUUAACAAAACAGAAGCCAUUUUGAUUAACAUACGCAGUGACAGAGAAAAAGAAGAAACCACUUUUACAGGUUAGUAAAGAAAACAGAAAGGGCCCAUUUUAGUCUUAUGUGCACAAGUUGGAGCUCACGGUUUUCCUUUCAUCGAUCCUCCAUCGAUUCCCCCCGUGCUUCACUGACUCCUGGCCCCCCUCCAAUUCCACUCAUUUCUGGUGUCUUUGACCUUUCCUUUCUGGCAUCUUCUCUCUCCAUCUCCCGCCAAACGAAAGACCCAGAUCACUUCGGUGUCAGGCACACAGCACAAAAAACACACUCCUUUCACUGGUCAGUGCAUAUUCCAAAGCACCCGUUAUCUCUAACCAUAACCCAGUCACUGCUUCUACAGAAAGACCAUUACAUUGGCAGUGAAACCUUUCCCAGGAUGUUACAUUAGAAAGGAAGUUCACCAGAGAUGAGGAGAGAAUCCACAGCACAGAUUAUAGUGGGUGGGUGAGGUUGUGCAAGUUACUAAAAUCAAAGACACUAGCUGGGAGGAUCGAAGAGAAGAUCAGGUCGGGAGUGGUGUGGCUGAAUUUAUGAUAUGAUGGCUAGUUAGGAUUGAUUGGGAGGGCUUACUGCCAUAAACAAGACACAGGAUGAAGGGUGGAGUGAUUAUUAACAAUGAAAAGUUAAGGAUGCAACCUACUUAGUGGAAUUUAAAUACCUAGGACUCACUGACAGCACCACAUGUGGGAUUUGCCAAUAAUCAGAAUCAGAUUUAUUAUUACUGGCAUACCUUGUGAAAUUUGUUAACUUAGUGGCAGCAGUGCAAUGCAAUACAUGAUAAUAUAGAAAGAAAAACAAGUAAUUCAAUUACAGUUAGUAUCUAUAUGUAUAUUAAAUAUAUUAGAAAUAGUGCAAAAACAGAACUAAUAUAUAUUAAAAAAAAUUGAGGUAGUGUUCAUGUGUUCAAUGUCCAUUUAGGAAUCAUAUGGUAGAGGGGAAGAAUCUGUUCCUGAAUCACUGAGUGUGUGUCUUCAGACUUCUGAAUUAAUAAAAUUUCUCUAGUUAAAAAUUUUGUUCUCUGUAAUCGAUAACAUCGUGUGUCACUUACCGCUGUCCAGGCGCACCCCCAUAUAUGUUCUAUGGACAUAAUGCCUGAGUUAAAAAUCUAGAGUGUGCAAAUAUGUAUGAAAUGUUCAAAGACAUAUUCAGAUGCAUUCUCAUUUAUUUCAAUUGAUUUAAACUAAUUCAGCUAUUGUUAUUUUUCAUGUUGCAUGAAUUUGUUGAAUUUUGAAGAGGAUAGUCUGGAAGAAUCUAAAGGAUACAUUAUACUUGAAAGAUGAAAAUAUAUUUAUUGGUAUUUCAAAAUGGCUUAUUUUGCCAAGGAAUAGCAGAUCAUGAAGAAAUUCUUAAUUUACCAUUGUUGGGGAAAAAAACUGCACUGGUUAUUUCUCUGUAUUCCAUUCUAACUCCAUUUAAUGUUUUGACAGGAUUAAGUGAAACCUUAUUUUUAUCCCACUGAAUAAAAUAAAGUGAAUUAUACUAG